AUGAGUAAAUUCUGCUGCACUGCCACCACCACCACGACGAUCGUAACACCCGCUCCGCGCCACAACAGUGUACUGACCCUAAACGGGGGCAAGAGCAUGGCCACCGGGCGUACUCCCUCGGAGGUGGUGUCGCCGCCGACCCACCUCGCGGUCACACCGGAGACACUGGCGCGCAUCAAACAGCGCCAGCAGACGGCCUUUGACUUCUUCGACGAGACACUGCAGCUGUACGGCGUGGAGCAGCUGAUAUUCUGCUUCAACGGCGGCAAGGACUGCACCGUGCUGCUGGAUCUGCUGAUGCGCUAUUGCCGCCAGCAGGGCAUCAGCAGCCGUGACAUACCCAUGCUGUAUAUUAAGUCAGACGAUGCCUUUGCGGAGAUCGACGAGUUUGUGGCGCGCUGCGUGCAGCACUACGACGUCCAACUGAUCGAGUACGAGGAGUCGCUGAAGGAGGCUCUUACCCACAUGUCGGCGGAUAUGCCCCGCAUCAAGGCCGUGUUCGUGGGCAGCCGCAACACGGAUCCCUACUGCGAGCAUCUGGCACCCAUGCAGCCGACGGACAAUGGUUGGCCGCCAAUGAUGCGACUGAAUCCGCUGCUGGAGUGGUCCUACCAUGACGUCUGGCACUACAUUCACAUGAACUGCGUGGCAUACUGCCCGCUAUAUGAUCGGGGCUAUACCUCCAUUGGCUACAGGUCCAAUACGGUGCCCAAUCCGCAUUUGAAACGCCUCGACUCCAGCGACUUUCGUCCUGCCUGGGAGCUGGCGGAUCCCACGCUGGAGCGGGCAGGGCGCGUGUCGCGCAAGCAGUAGCGACCCUCUGCCUGUCUACUCCUUAAAAUUAGUUAGUCACAAACUGUAUAUAUUUGGGUGUUUUGGAUGCAUCGGACCUAUUGACGAUCUACAAAUAUAAAUUUAUUUUUUUUUAUACCACUCAAA